AUGGGACCGGGGGUUGGCUUGGAGGUGGGACCGAAAGUUGGCCUGGAGGUUGGCGUGGAGGUGGGACCAGAGGUUGGCUUGGAGGUGGGACCGGAGGUUGCCCCGGAGGUGGGACCGGGUGUUGCCCCGGAGGUGGAACCGGGGGUUGGCUUGGAGGUGGGACCGGAGGUUGCCCCGGAGGUGGGACCGGGUGUUGCCCCGGAGGUGGAACCGGGGGUUGGCUUGGAGGUGGGACCGGAGGUUGCCUUGGAGGUGGGACCGGGGGUUGGCCUGGAGGUGGGACCGAGGGUUGCCCUGGCGAUGGGACCGGGGGUUGGCCCAGAGGUGGGACCGGGGGUUGCCCCGGAGGUUUGCCUGGAGGUGCAACCGGAGGUGGGAUCGGGGGUUGCCCUGGCUGUGGGACCGGGGGUUGGCUUGGAGGUGGGACUGGGGGUUGGCCCGGAGGUGGGACCAUGGGUUGGCCCGGAAGUGGGACCGGGGGUUGCCCCGGAGAGGUGGAACUGGGGGUUGGCUUGGAGGUGGGACCGGAGGAUGCCCCGGAGGUGGGACCGGAGGAUGCCCCGGAGGUGGGACUGA